AUGCCCGCCGGCCUCACCGAACCGGCCGGCACCGCUCCCCGCGCUGGCGUGAGCGCCUCUGGGACCGUGACCAUGGCCCCCGCCAGGGCUCUGCCGGUGCGGGUGGAGAGCGCGCCGGUGGCCCUGGGCGCCGUGACUAAGGCUCCUGUCAGCGUCUGCGUGGAGUCCACGGCUUCCCAGCCCCUGCGGUCCCCCGUGGGGACCCUGGUGACCAAAGUGGCUCCUGUCAGUGCUCCUCCUAAACUCAGCAGCGGCCCCAGGCUGCCUGCUCCUCAGAUAGUCACCGUGAAAACCCCCAAAGCCACAACAAUCCAUUUACCUGCUAAUUUGCAGCUUCCUCCAGGAACAGUUUUGAUCAAAAGUAAUAGUGGUCAGUUGAUGCUGGUAUCUCCUCAGCAAGCCACAACAAGAGCUGAGACCACAAGUAACAUAACUUCAAGGCCAGCAGUACCAAUGAAUACUCAAACGCUCAAAAUCUGUACUGUGCCGAAUUCUAGCUCACAAUCAAUCAAGAAAGUGGCAGUGGCACCUGUUAAAAAAUUGGCGCAAAUAGGAACUACUGUGGUAACCACUGUUGCGAAGCCUUCCUCAGUACAAUCUGCGGCUGUGCCAGCCAGUGUUGUCACAGUUACUCCUGUAAAACCGUCGAAUACCGUAACUACCUUGAAGCCUUCAAAUUUGGGAGCAUCAUCCACCCCCUCAAAUGAGCCCAAUCUCAAAGCAGAGAUAUCAGCAGCUGCUCAGACUGAUCUUUCUCCGACAAUGCUAGAAAAUGUGAAAAAAUGUAAGAACUUCCUUGCAAUGUUAAUAAAACUAGCAUGUAGUGGAUCACAGUCCCCAGAAAUGGGGCAGAAUGUGAAGAAGCUGGUGGAACAACUUUUGGAUGCAAAAAUCGAAGCAGAAGAAUUUACUAGGAAACUAUAUGUUGAACUGAAGUCUUCACCUCAACCUCACCUAGUUCCUUUUCUUAAGAAAAGUGUGAUUGCCUUACGACAACUUCUGCCUAACUCGCAGAGCUUCAUUCAGCAGUGUGUUCAGCAGACCUCUAGCGAGGUAGUCAUUGCAACCUGUACUGCAACAGUAACAACUGCUCCUGUGGUGACAACAACAGUUGCCUCACUCCAGUCUGAAAAGCCCAUCAUCGUUUCUGGAGUGACAACACCCAGAACUGUGUCAUUGCAAACUCUGAAUCCACUUGCUGGGCCAGGGGGAGCAAAGGCUGGAGUCGUGACACUUCAUUCCAUGGGCCCAGCUGCUGUACCAGGAGGAACAACAGCUGGAACUGUAUUGCUUCAGACUUCCAAACCACUUGUGUCAUCUGUACCAAAUACAGUUACAACAGUCUCACUUCAACCAGAAAAGCCAGUUGUCUCUGGAUCUGGAACAGCAGUAACACUGGCCCUUCCAACAGUAACUUUUGGAGAAACUUCAGCUGCAGCUAUAUGUCUUCCGUCUGUGAAACCUGUUGUUACUUCUGCUGGGACCACAUCAGACAAGCCUGUCAUUGGCGCUCCAAUCCAAAUCAAACUUGCCCAGUCCAGUCCUGUCCUUUCACAACCAGCUGGUAUUCCACAAGCAGUUAAAGUCAAGCAGCUAGUAGUUCAGCAGCCUUCAGGAGGCAUUGCAAAACAAGUGACCACACUUUCCCCUUCCUCAGCAUUGACCAUUCAGAAAUCUGGACAAAAGAAGAUGCCAGUGAACACUGUAAUACCUACCAGUCAGUUUCAUACAGCUUCCAUUGUAAAACAAAUUACUCUGCCUGGAAAUAAAAUUCUGUCGCUCCAAGCAUCUCCUAUUCAGAAAAAUAAAAUAAAGGAGAAUGGAACAACAUGCUUCAGUAUUUUUUCCCUGCUUGAAUCAGAGAUUGGAGAGAAAUUCAGUUUUACUGUAAUACAAAGUAAAAAGCAUGACAUUACAGAACUCAACUCUGAUGCUGUGAACUUGAUCUCCCAUGCAACACAGGAGCGAUUACGAGGCCUUCUAGAAAAGCUGACUGCAAUUGCUCAGCAUCGAAUGACUACUUACAAGGCAAGUGAAAAUUACAUCCCAUGUAGUGAUACCAGGUCACAGCUCAAAUUUCUUGAAAAGCUGGAUCAAUUGGAGAAACAGAGAAAGGAUUUAGAAGAAAGAGAAAUGUUACUUAAGGCAGCCAAGAGCCGUUCCAAUAAAGAAGAUCCAGAACAGCUGAGAUUAAAGCAGAAAGCCAAAGAGGGGUUAAAAGACAACCUUGCUUCUGGGACAUCUAGCCUGACCACCACCAAACAGUUACUCCGUCCAAGAAUCACGAGAGUCUGCCUCAGGGACUUGAUAUUCUGUAUGGAACAGGAAAGGGAGAUGAAGUAUUCUCGAGCUCUAUACCUUGCCCUUCUGAAGUGACUGCUCCACUCUCCAUCCAGAUCCUUGCUGUUUACUGCCAAAGAAGACAUAACGAGCAUUGUUGCACUGUCCUGAAAUUUCAAUUUGUGGAAAAUAAUCACCAAUAUGGAAGAUCAUUGUUUACAGUUAUAAACUUUUAUGAAGUCUUACCUAUCCAUCCCAUGACGUUCUUACAGAUUAGAAUUCAUCUUUGUUUUCUGAAAAUCAGUUAUGAAAUGCACUUUACACAGAAGUAGGCAUUUGUCUACCUGUGCGUUUAAUUAGAGCAAGUUAAGCCCUGUUUGUUACUACCUGCUUCAUUUGCCAAAUUGUAACAGGUGAGUUGUCUUUCCCUAAUACAGCCUGCUUUGAGAUGCAGGAGAAAGGAAGAGUUACUGCAAGAAAAUGUAAAAAAAAAUACAUUUCAUCCUAUACUGAACCAGU